AUGCACAACAUCUAUGCCAACGCAUGGUUUGUUAUCGCGAUGCACGACACGACGCAUGGAUAUAUGGCGUUUAAAGACGUACAUCUUACCAUCGGUGGCGAAUCGGCUGUUGUUCAUGUUAGACGGAUUCCCGAAUUAGCCGAUAUAGUCGACAGCGAAGCCGCGGCGCCAGUAGUUGGCGAGGUGCACGAAGUGGCGGAUAACGUGUAUUGGAGCUCAGUGACCCAACGGGGCUGGUGUUAUCAGGAACGGGCAUUGUCACAUCGCAUGAUACACUUCACGAGCCAAGAGGUGCUUUAUGAAGAGGGAGGUAUGUUGUCUGAAUGUCAAUGCAAGCAUCACUUUGGAAUGGGGUUGGGAUUCGCCGGCUACCUCCCACGAGCGAAAGCUAGGCAGGAAAACACAUAUCGAGACUGGGCGGCACUGGUCCGGCAGUACACUCAGCGGAUGUUCGGGCGUAGGUCUGAUCUUCUCCUUGGAUUUGCUGGGAUUGCCAUGGCAUUUAGCGAAAGGCAGGACCAGGGCCGAUACAUCGCAGGGCUGUGGGAAAGAGAUCUGCUGAAGUGGCUGUGUUGGAGGAGUCGGGAAUGGGUGUCGAGUCGUGCGAGUACUUGGGCGUGCAACAAUUGUCGACCGCAUCCCCGACGGAUCCCGUGGACGCCAGCCCAUCCCAUACCGAGUUUCUCAUGGGCGUCUCGCUUUGGGCCUUGCGAGUUUGUCUACGAGUCGUGGAAGUUCAAAGGUAGCGUGGAGGUGGCAUCCAUUGAACGCAUCGAGUGUUUAAUGGAUGAAGAGAACCCGUUCCUCAGGGUGCGUGGAUUAGACCCUGCGAAUUGGCCUGAAGACCCUUGUGGCCGGUAUCUUCGCAUCCGAGGCUCUCUGUAUGCCUGCCUGCAUUUCUCUACAUACGGACGGGGCAAGGAGUUCAAUAUAAGCAUGAAUCUCUGCCUCAAAGAAUAUGCGUGGGCUGUACCGGAAUACCUCGUGAGGAGCUGGGAUUUCUCACGGGACGCGCAAGAGAUUCUUGCAGACGCGCGGGAGUACGGGAAAGAGUACUGCAUUGACGCUGGGGACGACUUGCCUGGGGAUCAUUCGAGAAUCUACCUCCUCCCGCUGUUUGAGUGUCCCGAAGGCGGCGCCACGAUUUGCCUGAUCUUGAGGCCAUGCUCACAGAAGCUCUCUGUUGAGGUGUUGGACGGUGUUGAGGGAUAUGUGAAGCCUCACUGGAUGGAGAGGAUUGGAAUCUCGGUGUUUGAUGGGCAUCGAUUUGAUGCAAUGGAGGAGAUGCCGAACCAAGUGAUUCAUUUGAUGUGA